AUGCUUGCCGCGCGCGGCCUCCGUCGUCUUGCGGCGGCGAUAUGCCUCGCACGUCGCUCUGCGUCGGCAGUGGCGGCGCUCCCGGCAGCCGGCGCCGCGCGGUUCCACGACUACGACGCCGCCGUCACGGAGUGCAUCGAGAGGCGGGCGCUCCGGGUGGGGCGGCAGGUGCACGCGCGCAUGGUGGCGGCGGGGUACCGCCCGGCGCUGUACUUGGCGACGCGGCUGGUGAUCAUGUACGCGAGGUGCGGCGCGCUGGGGGACGCGCGGAACGUGCUCGACGGGAUGCCCGAGCGAAAUGUGGUCUCGUGGACGGCCAUGAUCUCGGGGUAUUCUCAGAACGAACGGCCUGCCGAGGCCUUGGAGCUGUUCAUCACAAUGCUCAGAGCUGGAUGCGAGCCUAACGAAUUCACUUUAGCAUCAGUCCUUACAUCAUGUACUGGUUCUCAAGGCAUACAUCAGGUCAAGCAAGUCCAUGCUUUUGCCGUCAAAACAAAUUUUGAGUUACACAUGUUUGUAGGGAGUGCCCUUCUUGACAUGUAUGCCAAGUCAGAGAAUGUCCAAGAAGCUCGGAGGGUGUUCCAUAUGCUUCCAGCAAGGGAUGUUGUUUCCUAUACCGCCAUUAUAUCUGGUUACACCCAUCUGGGCCUUGAUGAGGAAGCCUUGGACUUGUUCAGGCAGUUGUACAAUGAGGGGAUGCAAUGCAAUCAAGUUACCUUCACAGCCCUUCUCAAUGCACUGUCUGGCCUUGCUUCCCUCGAUUAUGGCAAGCAGGUUCAUGGGCUAAUACUUCGUAAAGAGUUGCCAUUUUUCAUGGCUUUACAGAAUUCUUUGAUUGAUAUGUACUCCAAAUGUGGCAAGCUUUUAUACUCACGAAGGGUAUUUGACAACAUGCCAGAGAGAUCAGUCGUCAGCUGGAAUGCGAUACUUAUGGGAUAUGGAAGGCAUGGCUUAGCGCAUGAAGUUGCUCAGCUUUUUAGAUCUAUGCCUGAAGAAGUAAAUCCUGACAGUGUUACUCUGUUGGCUGUUUUGUCUGGCUAUAGUCAUGGUGGGCUUGUUGAUGAGGGCCUUGAUAUGUUUGAUCUUAUAGUCAAAGAACAGAGAACACUCCUCAAUAUUGAACACUAUGGGUGUGUUAUUGAUCUUCUUGGACGUUCUGGACGACUUCAAAAGGCACUAAAUUUGAUACAAAAGAUGCCAUUUGAACCAACUCGAGCAAUUUGGGGUUCAUUGCUUGGUGCGUGUAGAGUUCAUGUUAAUAUUCCUGUUGGUGAGCUUGUCGCUCGGAAGCUUCUUGACAUUGAACCAGAAAAUGCUGGCAACUACGUGAUCCUUUCUAAUAUCUAUGCUGCUGCUGGGAUGUGGAAAGAUGUUUUCAGAGUGAGGAAGUUAAUGUUGAAGAAUACUGUGAUAAAGGAACCAGGACGGAGCUGGAUGAUUCUUGACAAGGUUAUUCAUACCUUCCACUCUAGUGAGCGUUUCCACCCCAGGAAAGAAGACAUAAAUGCUAAGGUUAAGGAGAUAUACGUUGAUAUUAAAGCAGCUGGUUUUGUUCCUGACCUGAGCUGUGUACUUCAUGAUGUUGAUGAUGAGCAGAAAGAACGCAUGCUUCUGGGCCACAGUGAGAAGCUAGCCAUAACUUUUGGAUUGAUGAGUACUCCUUCAGGCUUGCCCAUCCGGGUUAUGAAGAAUCUUCGCAUAUGUGUUGACUGCCACAAUUUUGCAAAGGUUGUUUCGAAAGUUUAUGGAAGAGAGAUAUCCCUCAGAGACAGAAAUCGCUUUCAUCUAAUUACAGAAGGAGCUUGCACCUGUGGAGAUUACUGGUGAAAGUGCUAUACUGCUCAAAUUGCUUUGCUGAUAGGAGAGCUGUCCAUGUGAUAAUACACACUGAGAGGAACUAACGGAACAUAUCAAUAUCAUGUGCUCCACCUUCUGAUUUCAGAUUACUAUAGUUCAGAAAGGACUUUUUGCAAAGAAUACUCCCAGGGCUAUAUUGCAUAUUGCCAGAUAAUACACAUGCAGCAUAUGAUGUAAGCUGUUAAGGCACCUUGGCACUUUCUCUCAGGCACCACUGCCAUGUGCUCAGAGUCGAGGAAUGGAUGAGCCACAAGCUUGAGCCCGAGGGGGGUGGCUUGCCAAUGUCAAAGACAACAUUGGCAAAUUGUGGGUGGAAGAGCAUCUGAUAUAUGCGCCAUGACUGAACUGAGCUGAGAGAGAAAGGAGAAACCAAGAAAGCUAGGGUUACAUGGAGUCAAAAACGUUCCAUUGGAUCAAGCUUGCAUGUGCUCCUUCCUCCUUGUAACCUCGCGAAAUGAGGCUCUUCGGUGGACUAGUGGAGAACUGCAACUGUCACAGUAAAGCAGCAAUUCAAUAAGAGAACUGCAGCAGUCACAGUAAAGUGUCAAUCCAACUAUAGAAAAGUAGAGUUGUUGCAGUAAAGUAGCAAUGCAGUCAUUUCAACUGGUAAGAUUUCGCUCUGCAUUUCUGAGGAGGUAAUUUUAGACUAUCUUCAGAUUCAGAGCACUAUAAUUUCUAGAGUGAUCUUUACCUGUUUCA